ACGGAACGCAACCUUUAUCUAGAGUUGGAGAUCUUUAAUAACGCGUUAUUAAUGAUAUGUUAAAUAUAGAGAAUCGGCGAAUCUCGAAUUGCUUAAGUAAUUUAUAUGGUGUGACGUGUAUUUUACAUUAUCUUAGCGUAAUCUAAAUCUACGAAGCAAUUGUAGUGAAAGAGCCAGGCCUGAGAAAUAUAGAGAGAGAGAUCUUGGCGUAGUACUUAUUCUGGAAACAUGGCGACCUGGAGGUUAUUGUUUCCUAAUAGUCCGGUUAAUUUGUUGUGUACGAGGAAAUUAGCUAGUAUGAAAAGUACUACAAUGAAAAUGAUGAAUAACAUAGGAAAAGAUAUUUUACCACCAAAACCAAAAAAACCACCUAAUCCAUAUUUGCUAUAUCUCCAUUCUGUAAGAAAUAAGUUGCAACAAGAACACCCAGAUAUUAAAUACAAAGAACUUAUUAAAAAAAUAUCUGAAGAAUGGGCAAAAGUUGAUUCAACAAUAAAGCAAGAAUUUCAAAAGCAACAUGAUGAUGAAUAUGUUUUAUACAAACAAAAGUUAGACGAUUACAAUAAUUUAGUUCUAAGUGAAGAACAAAAAAUGCUACUAGCAAAACAAUUAAUGAAGGAUUCAACCUUUAAAAAAAACCAUGAAUUUAGAGAAGAGAUACUUAAGAAAUUUGGAAAACCAAAGCGACCAUUAACCUCUUACAACAUAUUUUUACAAAGCAAGAAAUAUAACAAAGAUUCAAAGAUACCACAUAAGGAAUGGAUGAAAAAUAUUUCUAAUGAAUGGAAUAAUAUGACAAUACAAGAUAAAGAUAAAUAUCACACAAUGUCAAAGCAGUUAAAAGAUAAAUACAAUAUUGAAUUGACAAAAUGGAAAGAAAAUAUGAUUAAAACAGGUCAUGUUGAUCUGAUAAAAUCCAACAUUGAAUCUAAACGCGAUAGCAGUAUUAGUAAAUAUGAAAAAUAGGAUUCAGAGUGCCCCAAUCAAUCUAAUGCAAAAACCACUGAAUCCAUUACUGAUAUUUCAGAUAUCAAAGUCCAAAACAAAGACAAUAUUAAAGCUGGUUGGGGCACUGAUACCACUAAUUCUACAGCAGAUAUUCCUCAUAAUAAUAAUAUUUUAGAGCAAAAGCAUGAAUCUACAAGAAGUUUUACACUUUACAGUGAUAAAAACGAUUUACAAACCUUAAUAAAAUAUUCAAGAAAUAGGAUGGAAAAUGUGGUGACAAACAACAGUAAAUCAGUACAAAUACGUACAUAUACAUGGGUAUAUAAAUAUUUUGCCUCUGUAUGGAAAAGAUUUUUAUUGGUACUGAAAAAAAUUAAUAAUAAGAAUUGGCAGAUGAACCGUUAAUACAAAUGGACUAUCAUAUUUAACAACAAGGAGAUGCAUCUAAUGGCUUCUUAUAUUAUCAUCACAUUUUAUAUAUUUGUAGUAUUAAUAACUCAAUGAUUUAUUUAAAAUGUCCAAUUAUUCUACCAAAUCUAUAUGCUUUUUUCAUUUAUGUAUGAUUAUAUUACAUUUGAAAAUUAAAAAUUUUUAACUUGCAAUUUAAACAA